AUGCCUCUUGACUCACUCACGGUGACUCUCCUUGUUCUCUCACAAGGCCGUCUAUCCUCGCAAACCCUCAGAUUCGUCUCCCAAAACGAGUCCGAGCCAUGGAAGCGCCUUCAGAUCCGGAAUAAGAGGUUCUACUCGGCCCCCGUCUCUGGCUCUAUACCCGCCGCCAAGAAGAAGUAUGUGCCUACCAGCGGCUCUUAUCCCCAGGGCUUCAGCGCCUCUGGUACAAUCGUCGGUGUAAAGGCAAAUAACACCACGAAGCCGGACCUUGCUUUCAUCACUUCAGAUCGGCCGUGUGCUGCCGCCGCCGUGUUCACCAAGAACAAGUUCCAGGCCGCCCCCGUAACGUUCAGCCGGAACUUGCUUAAGAAGAAAGGCAACCAGGGCGUCCAGAGUGUGCUCGUCAACUCGGGAUGUGCUAAUGCCGUCACUGGCAAGGGAGGUCUUGAGGAUGCGGAGAAGAUGGCACGGGCCGCCGACGAGUCUGUUGGAAACGACGGAGCAACCAUCGUCAUGAGCACAGGAGUCAUUGGUCAGAGGUUGCCCAUCCAGAAGAUUGUGGACAAUGUGCCUGCGGCUCACAAGUCCCUUGGCUCUUCUCACGACCAUUGGAUGGCUGCUGCCAAGGCUAUCUGCACCACCGAUACUUUCCCGAAGCUCAUCUCCAAGACAUUCAGCCUGCCCUCUUCGCCAUCCGUGGAAUACAGGAUAGCAGGCAUGACCAAGGGCGCCGGAAUGAUCCACCCAAACAUGGCCACCUUAUUGGGCAUAAUUGCCACUGACGCGCCUGUCGCCCCGAGCGUCCUUCCCUCUGUGCUCAAACACGCUGUCGACCGGUCGUUCAACAGCAUAACCAUCGAUGGCGAUACGUCCACGAAUGAUACUGUGGCCUUACUAGCAAACGGCGCUGCUGGCGGCAAGGAGAUUACUUCGGACAAUUCACCCGAUUUUGAGAAGUUCCAAGCCGUCCUGACAGACUUUGCCGUUGAUCUAGCCAAGCUUAUCGUCCGAGAUGGCGAGGGCGCCACGAAGUUCGUGACGAUCCGCGUGGUCGAGUCGGCGUCCGAGGAGGCAGCACGCAAGAUUGCCAGCACCAUUGCCCGGUCGCCCCUGGUCAAGACCGCUCUAUACGGCAAGGACGCGAACUGGGGCCGCAUCCUCUGUGCCACCGGCUAUUCCCUGAUCUCUGAGCCCAGUGAGCCGAUCAACGACGUCCCGGAGAUUGUCCCUGAGAAGACGAACGUGUCUUUCAUCCCUACGGAUGGUUCUGCUGAGCUGAAGCUCCUGGUGAACGGCGAGCCAGAGCUCGUUGACGAAGCCCGAGCAGCAGAAAUCUUGGAGUUUGAGGAUUUAGAGAUUCUGGUGCGCCUCGGCACUGGUGAUAAGCAAGCCACCUACUGGACCUGCGACUACAGCCACGAGUACAUGUGA